AUGUCUGCUUCCGGCACCACUAUCAAGACGGUCCUCAUCACGGGCUGCUCCAGAGACGGCAUCGGCGCUACGCUGGCCCUCCGGCUCGCCGACGACGGUCACCGCGUCUUCGCCACCGCCCGUGACCCGCGCAAGAUCCCCUCAGCCGUCCGCGAGCACGCCCGCGUCACCGUCCUCACCCUUGACGUCACGAGCGACGCGUCCGUCAAGGCCGCCGCCCAGGCCGUCGCCGCCGCCGCCGCCGCCGCCGGGCGCACUAAGCGCGGAGGCGGGGGCGGGCUUGACGUCCUCGUCAACAAUGCCGGCGCCGGCUACACCAUGCCGCUGCUAGACGUCGACAUUGACCGCGCGAGAAACUGCCACGACGUCAACGUCUGGGGCCCGCUGCGCACAGUGCAGGCCUUUUCCGAGCUGCUCAUUGCGAGCCGCGGCCGCGUCGUCAAUAUUGGCGCCGCCACGGGCUGCCUCUACUCACCAUGGAUCGGCGCCUACAGCUCAUCCAAAUCUGCGCUCCAUACGCUCUCGGAAACAUUGCGCGUCGAGCUGCAGCCCUUUGGCGUCACCGUCGCCUGCAUCAUUACCGGCACCGUCGCCACGCGCUUCCACGCCAACGAAGGCGACUUUUCCCUGCCCGCAGCCUCCCUCUACGCGGACAUUUUCGACACGAUAGCCCUCUGGGCUCGCGGCGCCGUCGGGCCGGACCAGGGCACCGUCGACGACUACGUCACCCAGAUCCUGCCCGAUGUACUGGGUGAUUCGCGCGGAGGCAAGCUUUGGAGAGGCGCCAACGCUGGCGCUGCUUGGUUUGCGUCGACGUGGCUGCCAGAUUAUGUUUUGGAUAAAUUGGUGGUGCUAAAUCAGGGAUUGGACAAGUUGACAAAGAGCAUUCGGGAGAAAAAGACACAGUAG